CCAUUUGCAGACUGCCUUGAGUUGCUCAAUUUACAGCUCUCUCCAUCUAUCCACUACACAUCCCAAGCUGCUAAGCUGUGGAGGGUAUAUGUUUCUCAUUUUUUUUUUCAUGAUGAUUAAUGUUUGAUGCUAAUUGAUUAGCGAAGAUUUAGGGUUUUGUAUAUUGUGCGGGAAUGGUGGAGAGGAGGAAGAGGAAGCCACUGGUGCUUUCUUCCACUAAAGCCCUCGUCGAUUCCCUGCUUAAUUCUCGCAAGACUACCAAAUGCGCUGAUGGAAUUGAGGAGAUUGCUGCAAGUCCCUGCGCUCCCACACUGCAGUUUACCGCUGGGAUUCUUAGAUGUUCCAAGGACACAACUGUCGAUUCGGUUGAUGGUACUGUUUUGGUUGGGUUGUCCACUUCCGCGCUCAAAAGAUUAUCUAUUACUUCAGGGUCGCUGAUACUCAUCAAGAAUGUGGAUGCUAAUGUAAAUAGAAUUGGACAAGCUGUGGUCUUGGAUCCUCUCAGUGCAGAUGAAAACUCCUCAGAACAAGGAUCAGUGUGUUCUCAUGCUCCUAGGACGAUGUUGGUCUUUCCAUCAUAUGCUUAUCCUCAAAAUCAGUCUGUAACUUUGGACCCUCAAGUGGCCUAUUUAUCUCCACUUUUAGCAUUUAACUUAAAUUUGCAUCUGUCAUGCUUGAAAGCUGUUGUGCACAAAGGAAAAGAGGCACUGUCAUCUUUGUUUGUAGUGAAAGAAAAGGGCAAAAUAAAUGUCAAAGAAAAUGAGCCCUCUUCUAUUAGUGUAGCACUUCAACCUUGGGGUGAGUUGCCGAAGUAUGCCUCUCACUUGAGAGCCUCUUUUGUGAAGAUACCAGAAUGUGGCACCCUUCAACAUCUUAAAACAAGUUCAUCUGUUGAAGCAAAAGAGCGCCAGAACUUGAUAGAUUUGGCGCUAAACGACUACUUUUCUAUUGAUAGAUAUCUUGCCAGGGGUGACCUUUUUAGUGUAUGCAUAAAUUGGAACUGCAAAUCAGAGUUGUGCACCCCUUGCAACCAAAAAAUGCUAAAUGGUGGCGAGGACACAAUAUACUUCAAGGUUGCAGCUAUGGAACCAUCGGAGGAACCUUUUCUGAGAGUCAAUUGCAGUCAAACUGCUCUUGUUCUUGGAGGAGGUGUUGCGUCUGCUGUUCCCCCAGAUACAUUAAUUCCACGAUCGAAAAGUCCAUCACCUUUACAAGAUGAUGCAGUGCUGUCUCUGGCCAACAUACUUGCACCAACUUUAUGUCCAUCACCAUUAUCAUCAAAAUUCAGGGUUGCUGUCCUGUUGCAUGGUGUGCCUGGUUGUGGAAAGAGGACUGUGAUAAAAUAUGUUGCUUGUCAAUUGGGCUUGCAUGUGGUGGAAUAUAGUUGUCAUAAUUUUAUGACAUCUUCUGAGAGGAAAACAUCUGUUGCUCUAGCUGAAGCCUUCAAUACGGCUCGCAGAUAUUGCCCAACAAUUCUUCUUCUCCGUCAUUUUGAGGUUUUCCGUAAUCUAGCUGCUCAGGAAGGAUCUUCUUAUGAGCAAGUUGGAGUUAACUCAGAAGUUGCAUCAGUCAUUAAGCAAUUCACUGAGCCAAGUACUGAAGAUGAAGAUGACUAUAUUGAAGAAAGCUCAGAUGCUGAUUCUUUAAAAGGUACUGAAAUGAUAAACCAGCACCCAGUUCUGUUAGUUGCAGCUGCAGACAGUUCUGAAGGUCUUCCUCCAACUAUUAGGCGCUGCUUUAGUCAUGAAAUUAAAGUGGAACCUCUGACUGAAGAACAAAGAUUUCAAUUGUUGUCCCAGUCUUUUAAACAUGUCUCGGAACUGCUUCCAAAUAAUUCUGCAGAGGAUCUUGUAAAGGAUAUAGUUGGACAGACAUCAGGUUUCAUGCCCAGGGAUCUGCGUGCCCUAGUUGCUGAUGCUGGUGCAAACUUAAUAUCUGAGAGGAAGAAGCUGGAUCCUGGAAACCCAGACCCAAGGCAUGGCUCAUUUGACUCCAACUCAAUUGAAGAUAGUAGCAAACUGAGUGAUAUAUCUCAGGGCCUUGGUAAAGAGAACUUAACGAAAGCACUGGAGCGGUCAAAGAAACGAAAUGCAUCAGCUCUUGGUACUCCAAAGGUACCUAAUGUCAAAUGGGAAGAUGUUGGUGGGCUGGAGGAUGUAAAGAAAUCAAUCCUUGAUACUGUUCAGCUCCCUCUCUUGCAUAAGGAUUUAUUUUCAUCUGGAUUACGUAAACGAUCAGGGGUCCUUCUUUAUGGUCCUCCCGGGACAGGAAAAACAUUACUGGCAAAAGCUGUUGCUACAGAAUGCUCCUUGAAUUUUCUGAGUGUAAAAGGGCCGGAAUUGAUCAACAUGUACAUAGGAGAAUCCGAGAAAAAUGUACGAGACAUUUUCCAGAAGGCCAGAGCAGCUCGCCCAUGUGUUAUAUUUUUUGAUGAACUGGAUUCACUUGCCCCAGCCCGAGGUGCCUCUGGAGAUUCUGGUGGUGUUAUGGACAGAGUAGUUUCUCAGAUGCUUGCAGAAAUUGAUGGCCUGAACGAUUCCAGCCAGGACUUGUUUAUAAUUGGAGCUAGUAAUAGACCAGAUCUGAUCGACCCCGCACUUCUGAGGCCAGGCAGAUUUGACAAGCUCCUUUAUGUUGGUGUUAAUUCUGAAGCAUCUUAUAGGGAGAGGGUUCUUAAAGCUCUUACUCGGAAGUUUAAACUGCAUGAAGAUGUAUCACUAUACGAGAUAGCACAGAAAUGCCCUCCAAAUUUCACCGGUGCUGAUAUGUAUGCCCUCUGUGCAGAUGCUUGGUUUCAUGCUGCAAAACGCAAAGUAUUAUAUGCUGAUUCAGAUUCAGCCUCACCAGAUCAAUCCAACACCAUUGUCGUUGAGUACGAGGAUUUUAUUGAGGCCUUAAGAGAGCUAUCUCCUUCACUAUCAAUGGCAGAGCUGAAGAAGUACGAAAUGCUGCGCGACCAGUUCCAAGGGCCAUCCAGAUGAACAGUGUCGGUACCAUAUUUUAAAUCAUAAUUUAACAGCGAUACAUAUCUCCCAUUAAUCUAUAACUAUUGACAUUAAACUCCUAUAUCUGUGAAAACAAAAGCAUAACAUAUAUUAUAUAUACAAAAUACAAGUUUAUUAAUCGAUACCGUA